AUGGUGCCAUGGAGUGAAGAGAAGCAGCCUGUUUCUGAUGCUGCUGCACUAUUGAAUGGCUUUUUAGGACAUCUUGCAUGUAACACUAAUAUGUUCCCAAUAUGUUUCGAUAGGUGGCCUCAUGUACCUCCAAACUAUAAGAAGAUUGCUUGGGAGAAGACCAUAACGAAAAAGUUUAAUGUUUUCCUGGAUUACCACCACGAUUAUUGUAUGGGAAGUAUGGGAAAGAAAUGGAAGGAUAACAGAUGGAGGCUAUGCAAUUAUUAUUAUCAUAAAGAUCGAAGUUAUGAGCAAAACCUUGAGAAUUAUCCUGAUGGUCUGACUAGAGAACAAUGGGCUGGUUUUUUGCAAUAUAAGUUAAGUGAUAAAGCCAAGAAAUACAGUGAGAUAAAUACUAGAAAUAGAGCAAAGCAGACCAUUAUGCAUACACUUGGAUCAAAAAGCAUUGCAAGGACAAAAUACGACCUGGAACAAAAACAUGGACGCAAAUUUAGUAGGGGGGAAAUGUGGGCCAUUUCGCAUACGAAAAAGGAUGGCAAUAUUCUGUGUGAAGAAGCUAGAGAAAAGAAUGACGAAUUACAAGCAGAGAUAGAGGAGAUAACUUCUGAAGAUGAGGCAUUUGAGACAGUGUUGGGGAAGGAGCACCCGGGGCGAGUUAGAGGAAAGGGGUAUGGGGUGGUUAUAACUCAAAUGCGUAAGCGCCGUUGCACUUCUGCAUCAUCUUCGUCUGCUGGUCCUUCGCAAGCAGAGUAUGAUGCUCUCAAACAGGAACUUGAUUGUUUAAAAGGAAAAAUAGGAGAAUUUGACUCCAUGAAAGCACAAAUGGCUUCUAUUAUGCAACAUUUGAAUGCUCAACAGGCUUCUCAUAUUUCCUUAAAUGAGGUAGCAGAUAUGGGUUCUCCCGGGGUUAGAAGAUCUUCUCAUGCAAGUUAUGACCCAAAUAAUGAAGGACCGGAUCCACCCCAUCAAAUUCCACCUCCACCACCACCACCUCAAAGUUGA